AUGGCCGAGACACAGGGACUACUUGCGACAAAGAAGACACCGUCUGACUUUCUCAAGGGUGUACUAGGCCGUCCCGUGGACGUAAAGCUUAAUAAUGGCGUAAAGUACAAGGGUGUACUUGCCUGUCUCGAUGGAUAUAUGAAUAUCGCCAUGGAGCAGACGCAGGAGUAUCAGAAUGGACAGCUGAAAGCGCAAUACGGAGACUGCUUCAUCCGAGGCAAUAAUGUGCUGUACAUUUCGGCAUCCAAGUGA